GGAAGCGAGUGCGUUUUACCUCUUAGGUGGCGCCAUUUUGCACGCAGAGCCGCUACAGCCGCGGGCGGUGUGAGGCCGAGUUGCGUGAGUGGUGGUGACGCGGAAAGUGAGGAUGGCGGAGACUCUGACAGGGUCGGGGGACCCCGGCUCAGGGACGGUCGUCCCCGGAUUUGGAGCUGCUUCGGACGCCGGGACGCGGCGGCUCAGCGACCUGCGGGUCAUCGACCUGCGGGCGGAGCUGAAGAAACGGAACCUGGACUCGAGCGGCAACAAGAGCGUCCUGAUGGAGCGGCUGAAGAAGGCCGUGAAGGAAGAGGGGCGAGAACCUGGUGAAGUUGGCAUUGAACUGGAAGCCACCAGCAAGAGGGCUGCGAAGAGAUACGUUAAAGGACCAAAGCUGGAGGAGGAAGGCACUGAAGACAACGGCCUGGAAGAAGACUCCAGAGAUGGGCAGGAGGACAGGGACACGAGUCUGCAGAGCCUGCAGGACCUGGGCGCUGUGGACAGGAGCUUGUUGGGCAUGACUGAGGCGGAUGACAGUGGUGCUCCCCAUGUGAGGGAGGAUGGUGCUGACAACAGUGUCCUUGGUUCCUUCUGUGACAGUAAAGAGUACGUGGCUGCGCAGCUGGGACAGCUUCCAGCUCAGCUCCGGAAGCACGCUGUAGAUGGUGAAGGGUUUGAGGAGAGUCUGGAAGAUUCCACAUCAGAUCUCCAUGUGACUCCGGCCGCUGAAGGAGCCCUUAUGGAGCCAGAAAAUGAGAAAAUACUCGGCAUUUUGGGGGAAACUUGUAAAUCUGAGCCAGUAAAAGAAGAAGGUUCCGAGCUGGAGCAGCCCUUUGCACAGGAUACAAGUAGCGUGGGGCCAGACAGGAAGCUGGCGGAGGAAGAGGACCUAUUUGAAAGCUGCGGCCACCCAGAAGAGGAAGAAGAAGAAGAGCAGGAGGAGCAAGAGGAGGAGGGAGAGUUAGCUUUGGCCAGCGAGUCACCGCGCGCUCGGCCUCAGUGGAGCAAGGCAGACACCCCGUUAGCAGUAGUGAAAAGGGAGCCCAUCGAGGGUGAAGGCGGAGGCCCCUGCAUGGAGCACGAGUCUGUAGGGCUGGAGGAGCCAGAGGGGCAGAGUAGCGCGGCCCCCGAGCUCACUGAGGCUGCUAGCCAGGAGCUGGCCUUGGAAGUGCCCACAGCAGCGCCCAGCCCCGAACCCCAAGAUAGCAAAGAAGACGUGAAGAAGUUUGCUUUUGACGCUUGUAAUGACGGCCCUGCGGCUCCUAAAGAGUCCUCAGCCAGUGAGGGCGCUGAUCAGAAAAUGAGCUCUUUUAAGGAAGAAAAAGACAUUAAGCCAAUCGUUAAAGAUGAAAAAGCAGUCCAUGUGGGCAGCAGCUCAGGAAGGAACCUGUGGGUGAGCGGGCUGUCAUCUUCCACACGUGCUACUGACCUCAAGAACCUUUUCAGCAAACAUGGAAAGGUCGUCGGGGCCAAGGUGGUCACCAACGCCCGCAGUCCUGGGGCUCGGUGCUAUGGGUUCGUCACCAUGUCUACUUCAGAUGAGGCAACAAGGUGUAUCGGCCAUUUGCACAGGACUGAGCUGCAUGGGCGGAUGAUCUCUGUGGAGAAGGCCAAAAAUGAGCCUUCUGGGAAGAAGGUGGCGGAUAAGAAAGAGUGCGAAGUGAAAAAAGAGAAGGUGCCGAGCGCCGACAGGCCGCAUCUGGUGGAGAUCAAGACAGAAAAUAGACCUGUGAUCAAGAAGGAAGAGAAGGUUGAGAGAAAAGAGGAGAAAAGACCAGAAGACAUCAAAAAGGAAGAAGAGGAUCAAGAUGAGCUCAAACCUGGAGCCUCCAGUCGCUCUCGGAUCACCAGAUCCGGAAGCAGAGGUGCAGAGCGUACAGUGGUGAUGGACAAAUCAAAGGGCGAGCCUGUCAUCAGCGUGAAGACUGCCAGCAGGUCCAAGGAGAGAAGCUCCAAGAGUCAAGAACGCAAAUCUGAAAGCAAGGAAAAGAGAGACAUCCUGUCUUUUGACAAAAUCAAAGAGCAGCGGGAACGAGAGCGCCAGAGGCAGCGUGAGCGCGAGAUCCGGGAAUCAGAGCGGCGGAGGGCACGGGAGCAGCGGGAGCGAGAGCAGCGGCUGGAUGCCUUCCACGAGCGUAGGGAGAAGGUGCGACUGCAGCGCGAGCGGUUUCAGCUUGAGUGCCAGCGGCAGCGGCUGGAGCGCGAGCGCCUGGAGCGGGAGCGGCUGGAGCGCGAGCGCAUGCGCGUGGAGCGGGAGCGCCGCAAGGAGCAGGAGCGCAUUGCACGUGAGCGGGAGGAGCUGCGGCGGCAGCAGGAGCAGCUGCGGGCUGAGCAGGAGCGGCGGGCGCUGCGGCGGCCCUGUGACCUGGAUGCCCGGAGGGAGGACACAUACUGGCUGGAAGGAAAGCGCAUGGCAGUGGAGGACCGGUACCACACAGACUUCCCACGACCUGAUCACCGCUUCCACGACUUUGACCAUCGUGAGCGUGGCCAGUACCAGGACCACAUUGCAGACAGGAGGGACGGGCCACGGCCAGCAAUUGGCGAGCGGGACAUACAGCAUUAUGAUGAUCGCCACACCCACACAGGACCCCCGGAGCGACAUGGCCGAGACUCACGUGAUGGCUGGGGGGGCUAUGGCUCUGACAAGAGGCUGAGUGAGGGCCGGGGGCUGCCCCCUACCCCUAGGAGCAGCCGAGACUGGGCAGAGCACCACCCACGGCUGGAGGAACACCAGGUCCAUGCCUGGCAGGGUGCUGUGGACGCAGAUGCAAUGGGCCGGGAGCACCUACGGUGGCAAGGUGCUGAGCGGGGCCUUGUUGGACCCUCAGGUCCAGGACAUGUGGUGGCCAGCCGGGGCGGUGUGGCAGGGCGAGGCAACUUUGCACCAGGACAUUCCCAGGGCCACGUGGUGCCUGGUGGUGGAAUAGAAGGUGGUGGAGUGGCCAGUCAGGACCGGAACAGCAGAGUCCCACCUCCCCACCCCCACGCAUACCCCCACUUUACCCGCCGCUACUGAGCCACUUGCACGUCUCCAGCUCUGCCGAGGCUGCUGAGGAGUGACCAGGACAAGCUGCCGUGUUUCGCUCAACUCAAUGUGAACUCACUUUUCUCCGUUUUUUAAUAAACGUCCUCUGCUCUGCCGUUUUUAACACAAGGGUUCUGUGACAAGGCAUUCCGUUCUCCACCAAUAAACGCUGAUGGUUUCCA